CUUUGACGCCAAAUAAUAACGCCCUUUCUCUUCAGUGUAUACGGAAGUAAACAAUGACCAAGAACAAUUUGCACAUAAGCGUUUUUUCAUUCUUGUUAUUUAGACAUGGAACUCAAAAUAUGGCUCAUUUAACUGCAGAGCAUCACAUACCCCAUGUAUGAUUUAAUUCGUGUUAGAGACAGGACUUGGUUGGUAGAUAUUAUAUAGGUUACGCUAGCUGCUAACAAUGGCUAACUGUAUGGUUUUUCACACUCAAAUAGCCUCCAUCAUGGAGGUGCUAGCGAAUGCAGCCGUGGCAGAGAUCUGUAAAGUCGUAGACGACGACUACGCAGUGUUUCGUUUGGAAAUAACUCAAAGCCAGAAAGAAAACAGGGUAUUACGGAGGAAACUACUGGAAAUGAAGGUGUCACGGGAGCGCGCAGAGAGGACAAUGCGAGAGCGCGUCCUCGCCAGUCGUCCCAGAAGUGUCAAGAUCCUCGACCGUUACAGAGGAAUGGCAAGAGGUGAAGGACAUCUCACUGGAGGCCACAGGAGCUUUGUUAAACCAGCAGGACACAAUACAUGGAGAGAUGACCAACCAAUCACUGUUGAUGAGGGGAGUGGAACCUCAAACCAGCAUGUUAUCGUGAUAGAGUCUGCAGAUGGAGAGGCUGCAGGUCCUGGAGGAUCGUCUCUGGUCAAGCAGGAGAGGACUGAAGGAGAAGAGGACCCACGGCACAGCAGAGACAUCCAGACUGGAGCCACAGGGGACCAAUCCAACACCCCCAUGCCCCAGCCCAGGACCAGAUGCAGCAUCACGGAGUUCAGUGGAACGCCGAACGCCGUCCUCAAGUCAGAGACAGACAAAGAGACUUUAACUGUAACAAAAAGGCUUUUACACACAGGAUCUGACCACAGGUCAGACCCAGAAAGGCUGGGGCCACUGGGCUGUCCUCCGGCUCCUGGCUCAGAGUACUUACCAGUAUUUCCUCAGAGCCAGAGGAAGGAUCAUUCGUGUGGAGAUGGUGAUCGUGACACGUUAGACAAUGGCAGUGAUGAUCCGUCUUGUUCUUACGCUACAGAGAUGGACCCUGACAACAUGCUCUUGGGUUUAGAGACACAGGCUGAUUUGUCUAGAGGACACUGGAAUCAGUACAGUAGUAGUGUAUACUCUGAAGGGGGCCUAGAUAAGAAAGGGGAGGGUCUGGUCGUAGAUGAAUUGACUGUGAAAGUGGAGGGCGACGUUCCUCCCACAUGGAUUGGAGAUGGUCACCUUGGAGACGGACACUCACAGGGUAGAGAUUUCUUAGAUUACAGGGAAAGAUUAGAGACAAAUUCACUUGUCGCGACCCACUCCACUUUACACGCAUUCAGGGAUCGCGACCUAGUGUCCACGUCGAUGGGGCCUUCCGAUUCACACAGCCGUGUUCUUUAUGAUCAGAAAUUGAACUUAAACGACAGGGCUAGAGUCCAGGCUCAGGGAGAGGAAGCCACAUCAGAAAAUAGUAAAGAGAAACGGUUCCUCUGCAUGUUCUGUAACAAAGGCUUCAGCUGUCUCCAGAAGGUGGAGAUCCACCAGAGGGUCCACACUGGGGAAAAACCUUUCAGCUGUACCCAGUGUCAUAUGCGCUUUGCCCAGACUGGUGACCUGAAGAGGCACCAGAGGGUCCAUACAGGGGAGAAACCAUUCGGCUGCCACCUGUGCCGGGCUAGUUUCUCCCACUCCUCCAGCCUGAAAAGGCACCAGAGGGUCCACACAGGGGAGAAACCCUACAGCUGCCCCCAGUGUGAGAAAAGGUUCUCCCACCAGCACCAUUUGAAGAUGCACCUGAAGGUCCACACGGGAGAGAGGUCGUUUGCCUGUACGCACUGCGGGAAAAGUUUCUCCGAGAGGAGUUACCUCAAAAUACACCAGCAGAAAAAACAUUCCACUCUAUAACGUAGAAAGUAACCAUUCUACUCGAUAGCUUCUGAAGUUUAUGUCAAACUCUGCAUUAAAGACAGAUGCAUUUAUUGUUGUCAACCGAAAAGACCCACGGGUGCAUUUGGUAUAUGAGAGUUACAGAUUUCAGUGUUGAAUAUUCCUGAUUAGAAUAUUGCAUCCAGACAUUGUGUGAUAUAUAAGGCAUAUACCCUGCUUUUGGAAAGUAUUCAGACCCCUUGACUUUUUCCACAGUUUGUUUCAUUACAGCCUUAUUCUAUAAUGGAUUAAAUAAAUAAAAAAUCCUCAGCAAUCUACACACAAUACCCCAUAA